UCUAAAGCGGCACUUGGAUCGGAUUUUUGCCGGUGUGGAGCCGAACUAUCGUUAGAAACACCCAAUUUCUGUGAGCGACAAACUCUUUGAUUGUGCAUGCAUGCGGAGAGGAUUAUAUAUCUACCAGGGAUUGUCAGAUCACGCGGGAGGGGGUCGAAGCUAUCGAUCUGUUUUGUAGUUUCAUCCGUAGGUAGGGAUGGAUUUGGUGCAGUUUUUUCUUAACCUGGUGGUUCCACCGAUGGGACUCUUCUUCCUAGCGCUCGCAUGGCCUCCUCUGACUUUUAUGAAUGCUUGCCACUGGUUUCUAAGCUUCGUUUUCAGAGAGAAUGUCCGAGGUAAGGUUGUGGUUGUCACGGGAGCAACAUCGGGAAUUGGGGAGAAACUAAGCUAUGAGUAUGCCUCCCAUGGAGCUAAGCUGAUACUGGUCGGAAAUCAAGAGGGCUUGCUUAGAGAUGUGGCUGGUAAAUGUCAGAGGAUCGGUGCUAUGGAUGUUCGAAUCGUGACUGCUGAUCUCGGGCACGAGGAAGAAUGCAAGCGGUUUGUUGAAGAGACAGUUCAUCAGUUUGGACGCUGUAAGUUUGUAGUAUCGGGAACUUCCUAUUUUGCUCUGAAUUUUCUUUCUGUAGUGGAUCAUCUAGUAAACAACGCUGGGAUCAUGCACAGCUAUCUGUUCGAGGAGGCUGUUGAUGUGUCCAGCUUUCAGUCGAUAAUGGAUGUCACAUUUUGGGGGUCAGUUUAUCCUACUUACUACGCUCUCCCUCACCUCAAACGCUCGGGAGGUAAAGUUGUGGUGAAUUCUUCGGUAUCAGCUUGGUUACCAAUGCCACGCUUGGCCAUCUACAAUGCCGCCGAAGCUGCGCUGCUGAAUCUGUUUGACACGCUGCGUGUCGAGGUUGGAAACAGCGUUGGUAUCACAAUAGCAACCCCUGGAUGGGUCGAGAGCGAGAUCACUCGAGGCAAGUUUAUCUCUGCCGAAGGGGAGCACGUAACAAUGCCUGACCUGAGAGACGUCACCGUGGGACCUGUUCCAGUCACUUAUGCCGAAGAGUGUGCCAAGGCAAUCUUCUCGGGGACAGUCCGUGGCGCUCGCUACGUCCGUGUGCCUUCCUGGUAUGGAGUGACGCUGCUCUACAGAAUCUUUGCUCCUGAGCUCAUCGAGUGGACGUAUCGAUUGCUCUUCGUGUCUCCGGCUCCUGGCACUCAAGUUCCUGCUGCCAAGCUGAUCAUGGACGUUCCCGGCGCGAAAGAGAUCUUGUAUCCUUCGUCAAUUGUUCAUCCCCAAAAAACCGAGUAAUUUGCUUUGUGUGUUUGGAAUAUUCUGAAAGAAAUUGUCAAUAUUUGGUUUCUAUUUCUAAAUAUUAAACUGCAAAUUAUUGGAA